GUACUUGGUUUUUUCAUGAUGGUGGCUACUUCGAUAAUGGAGAGUGUAGUGUGUUCCUGUUUGUGUGUUUUGGUGUUGUUGGGGUGUUUCAUUUCAUCAACGGAAUCAAAGUACAUAAAGUACAACACAAGUUCAAACAUUGUAGCUGGGAAGCUCAAUGUUCACUUGGUUGCUCACACUCAUGAUGAUGUUGGUUGGUUGAAGACCGUUGAUCAGUACUAUGUCGGUUCCAAUAACUCAAUUCAGGGAGCGUGCGUUCAAAAUGUGCUCGAUUCGCUUGUGCCUGCAUUGUUGGCGGACAAGAAUCGCAGGUUUAUAUAUGUUGAACAGGCAUUUUUCCAGCGUUGGUGGAGAGAACAAAGUGAAGUUGUUCAGAACAUAGUCAAACAGCUGGUCAACUCUGGUCAAUUGGAGUUCAUAAAUGGGGGUAUGGUUAUGCAUGAUGAGGCUACUACACAUUACAUUGACAUGAUUGAUCAAACAACACUUGGACACCAUUUCAUCAAACAAGAAUUUGGUAAAACCCCAAGAAUAGGAUGGCAAAUCGAUCCGUUUGGACAUUCGGCGGUGCAAGCAUACUUGUUGAGUGCACAGGUUGGGUUUGAUUCCCUAUUCUUUGCGCGGAUCGAUUACCAAGACAGAGCUAAGAGGAAAGAUGAAAAAUCUCUUGAAGUUGUGUGGCAGGCCUCUAAGAGCCUUGGUUCAUCUGAGCAAAUAUUUUCAGGUGCAUUCCCUAAGAACUAUGAACCUCCUGCUAAUUUCUACUAUGAAGUAAAUGAUGAUUCUCCAAUUGUACAGGAUGAUGUCAAUUUGUUUGACUACAAUGUCCCUGAACGUGUAAAUGAGUUCGUUGCAGCAGCGAUUUCUCAGGCGAAUAUUACGCGAACCAAUCAUAUAAUGUGGACAAUGGGGACAGAUUUCAAGUACCAAUAUGCACAUACCUGGUUUCGCCAAUUGGAUAAGUUUAUUCACUAUGUUAAUCAAGAUGGCCGGGUUCAUGCCCUUUACUCAACCCCAUCCAUAUACACCGAUGCGAAACAUGCUGCUAAUGAGGCCUGGCCAAUCAAGACUGAAGACUACUUUCCGUAUGCUGAUGUGGAAAAUGGCUAUUGGACGGGGUAUUUUACAAGUAGGCCAGCUAUCAAAGGCUAUGUUAGAUUCUCAAGUGGCUACUACUUGGCAGCAAGGCAGUUAGAGUAUUUUAAAGGGAAGAGUGCCUUAGGUCCAAAAACUGAUUCUUUGGCUGAUGCUUUGGCUAUUGCUCAACACCACGACGCAGUAUCCGGUACAGAAAAGCAGCAUGUGGCUAAUGAUUAUGCGAAACGGCUUUCAAUAGGCUAUACAGAGGCUGAGAAGGUUGUUGCAGCAUCACUUUCUUACUUGACAGAUGCACCAAAAGCUGGUCAUCAGAUUCCUCAGGUUAAAUUUCAACAGUGUCCACUUCUGAACAUAAGUUAUUGUCCUGCGUCAGAAACUGACUUCUCGAAUGGAAAAGACCUGGUUGUAGUUGUUUACAAUCCACUUGGAUGGAAAAGUAGAGAGGAUGUAAUAAGGAUCCCUGUUGUAAGCGAAUAUGUUGUUGUUCGAGAUUCAAGUGGAAAACAAAUCCAAUCACAGCUGCUACCAAUACUGGAUACUUUUAUUGGUUUGAGAAAGUACUACACUGCAGCAUACGUGGGAGUAUCUUCAACUGUAAAACCUAAAUACUGGCUUGCAUUUUCGGCUACUGUCCCGCCACUUGGUUUUAGCACUUACUAUGUAUCUAAAGCUAAACAAGCAGCUACUAUUUCAGAUACAUAUACACCAUACAAAUCAAGGAAUCAGAAGGAUACAAUUGAAGUUGGUCCAGGAAACUUGAAACUGAUUUAUUCCGAGAAGGAAGCAAAACUCAUUGAAUACAUCAACAGCAAAAGCAAGGUCAAAGAAUCCAUAGACCAGGCAUACAAAUAUUAUUCUUCAUAUGGAGAUGAUGGAACACAAACUUCUCAGCCUUCCGGCGCAUAUAUUUUUCGCCCCAAUGGUUCAUCAGUUCCAAUCAAAUCAGACAGAAAGUCUCCUCUCACAGUCUUCCGGGGGCCAAUUGUGCAUGAAGUUCAUCAGAAGAUUAGCUCAUGGAUAUACCAGUGCUUGCUACGGAAAACAAAAUUCUCUUUGAUUCAGGUUGGACCUAUACCUACUGAUGAUGGAGUUGGUAAAGAAAUUGCAACAGAGAUUACAACAAGUGUAGCAAGUAGCAAAACCUUUUACACCGAUUCCAAUGGACGCGAUUUCAUCGAAAGGAUUCGAGACUAUAGAAAAGACUGGAAAUUGCAAGUAAAUCAACCUGUUGCUGGAAAUUAUUACCCUAUCAACCUUGGGAUUUACCUGAAAGAUAAAAGUAAAGAGCUCUCUAUAUUGGUAGAUAGGUCUGUGGGGGGAUCCAGCAUCAAAGAUGGGCAAUUAGAACUAAUGAUUCAUAGGAGAUUGCUUGUAGAUGAUUCUAGAGGUGUUGGUGAGCCGCUGAAUGAAACAGUUUGCAUCCAUGAUAAGUGCGCCGGGUUAACUGUACUAGGGAAGUACUAUUUCAAGAUUGAUCCUGUGGGAGACGGUGCGAGAUGGCGUCGAUCAUUUGGUCAGGAGAUAUACUCGCCGUUUCUAUUAGCCUUCACAGAGAGUGAAGGUAACUGGGGAGACUCCCAUGUUACAACUUUCUCAGGAAUAAAUCCAUCAUACAGCUUGCCAGAUAACGUUGCAGUCAUAACCCUUCAGGAUCUAGGUGAUGGAAAAGUUCUCCUAAGGCUUGCACACUUAUACGAGGUUGGUGAGGACAAGUAUCUCUCAGCUAAGGCAACUGUAGAACUCAAAAAGGUGUUCCACAACAAACAGGUUAUCAAAAUAAGUGAGAUGAGCUUAUCUGCAAACCAAGAAAGAGCAGAAAUGGAGAGGAAGAGAUUGGCAUGGAAAGUCAAAGGAUCAACUCAAGAACCACAUAUUUCAAGGGGAGGACCAGUUGAUCCUCAAAAGCUUGUUGUAGAGCUUGCUCCAAUGGAAAUAAGGACCUUUAUUAUAAGUUUCAAGCAUUAAGGUCCUCAAGGACCACUAUUGCAAAAUAAGAGUUAAGUGUGCUUAUUCAAAUAGUGAGAACAAAAAGAACAUUUCUCUUGCAAUUUAAAAAAUAAGUAAUGCAUUCAAAUAUGUCCAUUGUGUGAGGACAUAGUAUCAUGUAGGCUAGCAACCUAAAAUGAAGGGGUUGUUUGUUUGGCUAAGGUUGUAUGAACUUUAGUUUCUUACCAAUAAAGGUUAUAUUGUCCCUA